UGUGUUCGAUUAGCUUUGUCUUUUUCAAGAUGGCAGCCUAGCGUGUAGAAGUGUUGUGCAGUUAUGUGAACAUGUCGCUAUUGAGACUGUGUGCCUUACCGAAGUGUCUGAGUGGUCUAAUAUUGUUGGAAAGAAGUGUUCGUCGUGUGUCAAAUGCUGGCCAUUGCCACUACUUUCUUACACUCCGGAAUAACGUUGAAAGACGAAUAUCAGAUCCACCAUGGACAUCACAACGAAGACAUUUCUCAGCUCUGAUCCCAAAGAAAGAGGAUGGGAAAAAACGAGUAUGGGAACAAUCUCGGCUAUUAGAUGUGCUUGAGGCCAGAAUCCAGCAACUCCAAUCUGACAUUGUUUUAGAUGUCCAACAUGCAAAGGUACAAUUUGUCAAUGCUUCCAAGUUGGGGAGAGGGGCUUCUUCAGGGAAGAGUCACAAAAAUGUUUGUGGGGGGAGGACUGAGUUGCCCAAGGUGGGACAGACUAUUAGUAAGGGAGGGGGACAGACUGGUAAGGGAGGGGGAAAAGAUGCUUCAGCCUCCAAAUCCCGCUGGAUGGAGAAACUGAUUCAGGAGAAGACGACUAAAACAAAGAAACUGAACCUGAAGCUAGGCAUAGAAGAUAAACCUGUGAAAAGCAGAAAAGGAAAACUGAUGCUGCCAGGUACCGCACAAAAAAACAUAUUGACAAAAGCUGGAAAAAAGACUGCAUUGACCUCUAAAAAGAGCAAGACUCUGAAAAACCAAGAGCCAAAUGCUAUCCAAGCCGACACUAUUGCAGGUCCCCCGGUUGCUGCUGAAACUGUGCCUAUUAGAAAAGCCAAAGGAAAGGGGAAAGCCUCAAAGGAGCCGGCUCCUGAGUUUUCUGAGGCCAGGGACCAGGAGCUGGCUGAGCUGGAGAGGAAGACUGAGGCCAAGGCCCAGGAGCUGGCUGAGGUGGAGAAGUUGGAGAGGAAGCUUAACCAGUGGGCUAUGUCUGCCAGCCCGGAGCUCGUGCAGGAUAACAGCGAGGCCAGGAUGUACGAGGGCGUCCAGCUUAGUGUGCAUUGCUACCUGGAGGCCUGUGUGUUCUGUGGUGACAUUGACCGAGCCCAGCGCCUCCUGCUCACUCACCAUCGCAUGAUCAGCCGACGCAACCUGCUCAACAUAGGACUCUACAACGUCAUGAUGAGGGUCUGGGCCAAGAAGGGCUCUUUGAACCAGAUUGGACGUAUGUUCAUUCUGGUAGAAGAGGCAGGUCUGAAGCCUAACCUCACCUCCUACUGUGCUGCACUGGAGUGCAUGGGCAGAACCCCUAACUGUUCUCCAAAGGUCAUCAACAGGGUCCUGCGUCAGAUGAAAGAGGAUGGCCUGUGUGUGGAAGAGCUGUUUAGACUCUGUGUGUUCAGGCAGGAUGAGAGGGACAUGGUGCUGAGGGCCAUCCACACCGUGGAACCAGACUUUCAACCCAGCAUCAACACUGUCCUGCACACUUGCUCCUCACCUCUGGUCAAAGACUUCUACACAGAGAGGGCAGAUGCUAAGUACCCCAAGUUGGCCUUCAGCCUGGAGGAGCUGCGGGAGAGGUUCAGCCGUCAGCUGAGCAUGGAACAGGCCAGCACCAUCACCAUUCACUCUGUGGAGGCCAUGAAGCCUGUUACCCCACACAUGGCCAAGAUGAGGACUCUGCUGGCGGAGCAGUGGAUGGUGUGGCACAAAGCCCUGGUUGGGGCCCUGAGGGAGAGCAAUAUGAUCCUGGCCAGCAUCACCCCGAAGGCCGUCAGACUCAGCCUCUACCCCUACCUCUGUCUGAUGGACCAAAAGGACUAUGUAGACAUCAUGAUCCAGAGUCUGUCUAACUUGCCACCCAGUGGGGAGUCUCUCCACAUCCUGGCCAAGGAGCUGGGAAACAGGGUCCACAACAAGUUCUGCAUCCGCAUGAAGAGCCACAACCAGAUGGUGGACAAGCUCAGCCAUAUCUACAAUGAAUAUGCUGAGCUACUAGCCAAAGACUCUAAGGAUUUUGACGUAUUGCCUAGGGAACGAUGGUGGAAGCUGGAGGCGGAGCAUAGCUCUGGUCCCUCCCUGCUGGGGGACAAUACCCAAUGGCCCCACACGGUGGUGGUGGAGCUGGGCACCUACCUGGUGGACCUCAUGGUCAAGCACAUGAAGGUGAACAGCGACAUCCUCAACCCUGCCAAUGACAGGAAGUUCAUCCCUGUCCUCUACCACAUGUACACCUUCCGCAGUAACAAACAGGUCGGCUUCAUCAAGCCGCACCCCAUCCUGACACAGAUGCAGCAGGACGCCAUGGAGACCACGCUGACCUUUGACUCCUACGUGAUGCCCAUGCUGUGCCCCCCCGUGCCCUGGACCUCGGCCAAGUUCGGCGCCUACCUCCUCACCCCCACCAAGAUGAUGCGCACGGUGGUUGGCGCCAACCAGCAUGAGAUCCUGCUGGAGAAGUGCCAGGAGGCUGACCUGCAUGCCGUGCUCGACUCCCUCAACCAGCUGGGCAACGCGGCCUGGAGGAUCAACCAGCCCCUGCUAGACAUCAUCAUCUCCAUCUUCAACGAUAAGGGCAAUGAGAAGCUGGACAUCCCGCCGCCCAACUCCGAGGCCCCCAAGAUCCUCCGCUACAGCCAGCAGGACUUGGCCACCUACUCCUCAGCUGAGAAGGCCCACCUGAAGAGGGAGGUGGUCAAGGCUAAGAAGAAGUGCAGUGAGAUGCACAGCCUCAGGAUGGACGCCCUCUAUAAACUCUCCAUCGCCAACCACAUGAGGGACGAGGUCUUCUGGUUUCCCCACAACAUGGACUUCCGCGGGCGGACGUACCCGUGCCCGCCCUACUUCAACCACCUGGGCAGCGAUGUGACCAGGGCCAUCCUGGUGUUUGCGGAGGGGAAGCCCCUGGGGCCGGGCGGUCUGAAAUGGCUGAAGAUCCACCUGGUCAACCUGACAGGCUUGAAGAAACGCAGCUCGCUGGCCGGCAGGUUGGAGUACGCCAACACAAUCAUGGACGACAUCCUGGACUCUGCAGACAACCCCCUCAACGGUAAGAAGUGGUGGCAGAAUGCAGAUGAACCCUGGCAAGCCUUGGCCUGCUGUAUGGAGAUAGCCAACGCUGUCAGAUCACCUGACCCCACACACUUCAUCUCCCAUUUUCCUGUGCAUCAGGAUGGUUCAUGUAAUGGUCUCCAGCACUACGCAGCCCUGGGUCGGGAUGUGAUCGGUGCCACCUCUGUGAACCUAAUUCCCUGUGAGGUGCCCCAGGAUGUCUACAGCGGGGUGGCACAGCAGGUGGAGGAGUUCCGUGCGCGGGACUCAGAGAAGGGUCUGAAGAUCGCCCAGGUGCUGGAGGGCUUCAUCAGCAGGAAGGUGGUGAAGCAGACGGUGAUGACGGUGGUGUACGGGGUGACGCGCUACGGAGGACGCCUCCAGAUAGAGAAGAGGCUCAAGGAGGUUGAUGACUUCCCCAAGGAGUACGUAUGGGACGCCUCUCACUAUCUGGUCCAACAGGUGUUCAGCAGUCUGAAAGAGAUGUUCACCGGCACCAGAGAGAUCCAGGACUGGCUGACGGAGAGCGCCAGGCUCAUCUCUAAAUCGGGCAACACGGUGGAGUGGGUGACGCCCCUGGGCCUGCCCAUCAUUCAACCCUACCACCGGACCAGGACGCAGAUGCUGAAGGGUACCAUCCAGGACCUAAGUCUCCAGAUCACCCAUGACUCUAAACAGAAGCCAGACACAGUGAAACAGAAGAAUGCCUUCCCUCCUAACUUCAUCCACUCUCUGGACUCCACACACAUGAUGCUGACUGCUCUCUACUGCUACAGCGCCGGCCUGACGUUCGUCUCCGUCCACGACUGCUUCUGGACCCACGCCCUUACAGUCGACACGAUGAACAAGGUUUGCCGGGAGCAGUUUGUGGCACUGCACAGCCAGCCCAUCCUUCAAGAGCUGUCCAACUUCCUACUGCAGAAAUACUGCUCUGGGCAAUCGAGCGAGGUCAAAAACAAUAAGUUUAUGGAGUACCGGAGGAUGCUGCUACUACUGGCCAAAGUGCCUCAAACAGGUGACUACCUCAUGAAGCUGGUUCAGAAAAUGCCAAGAGUGUGCAAAGCUGUCAUCAAGGCGACUUUGAUCUCCAGCAGGUGAAGGAAUCCACUUACUUCUUCAGCUAAGAGGAACAGACUGACAAUCAGAGCAACAGGAUGCAAAAGCCAAUGGAUGAGAUGAGUAGGAUUGACAGACUGUGAGGCUGAACACUGAGAGGGCUGUGUGGGGACUGGGAGGGCUUGUCUCCCUGAGGCAUCAGAUGACUGAUCCACUGCCCGCUGGGUGAAGCCAAGGCUUUCUGCAACAGCUCCAUCACACAUAAUGACCUACCCAGACAGACCGCCAUAGACCAGUGUGGGAGGAGAGGCCUCCUCUGUAGAGGAGGCAAGGAAAUGAGAGCAGCUUCCCCACUCUGGACUGGAGAGGAUCUCAACAGUGCUCAUUUAGGCUUUGACAUUUCCCCUUUUACUGUUGUGUGUGUGAGAGAAUGGAUGAUAUCCCUUGUCUGAAAAUGUGAGCGUUGUUAUACGUGUGUGUUCCGGCGACUCUGUCCUCCCAUAAUGAACACCUUGACUAUAAAGAGACUUCUAAGA